AUGUUCCCCAAGCGUUUUCGGGACGCCAAAACAGGUUUUCAUCUCCUGAGUUCAAUGCAUUCCAAGAAAUACCUGAAAAAUAUUGGUUUAGAACGAGAAGACUACUACUUUUUGAAACAUGUUGGGAAGGGCUUGCUUUGCACCUAUGCCGUGCUUGGGGCUCUGUGGCUCUACUCUGAGAAUUCAUCACUGGGGUGGAAGAAACUGAAGCCACGGCUGAAGGAGCACGAAGAAGCAUUGAAGGAAUUUAUUGGCAAGGGAGGGAUGAUUGGAACCACUGUUAGUCCGAAAGAUAUGGAUGGAAACAAUAAUAAUAACCCAAAUGAGAUGGAGAGCAAGAAUUUUGAUGCGGAAGCUCAGAAGCUGUGGCUGAGGCUGAAGAAUGAGGUCACAACUGAACUUAAGGAGAAGGGUUUUCAUGUUGAAUAA